AGCAUGGUGUGACGAGAGAGCCAGCAUGUGAACUCACAGCACGCACAGAGCGUCUGGGGAGAAGUCCUUUCUGGCAACUUGUCGGGCUUGUAAAUGGGAUAAAUGUGAGCCUCUCGUAGGGCUAUUACCAUUGCAAAAUCAGUUCCUCGUGCAGUGUACUGGAUUACAUUUGCAAACAAUGUCUUCUGAGCCAGGCAGCAGUGUCUGUCCAAAGCCCUUAAUACUGUCUAGAGCUUGUGCAGCAAGUGCCACAGCCAGGCUUGUGGAGCAGAAUGUACGCAAUGAAGCGGCUCAGGGAAUAAAUGGAAGUGUGCCACUCAAAAAGUCCCCACAUUCAGCUUCAAGUCCAAAGCCACAAGUGCCUCCAAAGCCAAUUCAUCUGCAGAAGGCAACAUACCAAACCCCUAGGCAUAAAGCUUUAGCAAAUCAGAAACCAAGAAUGGAGGAAGAGAGACCUGCUGCUGUUUCUAGUGUCACAAAGGAAAAGUCCAGUAAAGUGUCAGAUCUCAUCAACCGUUUUGAGGGAGGCAGCUCACUGAAUCCUAGUGAUUUGAAGAAAGAUUCCCCUGUUCUCCACAUUACUAAAUCUCAAGGAAGAUAUGCAUCACCUCAGCCAAAACUCCCCUUCCAGCACUCGCUACAGAAACAGGGAAACAGUAACACUGACAAAACUCAGGUUGCACAGCUCCCCACAGCCAACGGCGUCGUAGCGCAGGAGCAGCCGGAAGAUGAGGACCAGGGAUUGCUGGACCACGGCUCAGCCAUGUCCAGCCCAGUCCUGGAUGAUGCCACAGACAGCAGCUUGAUAAACGGGGAAGGAGAAAGCACUCGCAGAGAGUCCUUGCAGAGUGUGACUGUCUGUGAGGAGCAGAUGCUCAACAGCUGCCACAGGACUCCGAGCAGUGACACGCUUCUCCCAUCCGAAAGUGAACCUCUAGAAAUUAAUACUAGUGUCAAUGAAGAACCAGCUGAGGAAAGCAGUAAACAAGAACAACCUGUAGAAGCAAAGGAGACAGACGAGCAGAAACGUCACAAAAUUGCCAAUGAACUUCUGCAAACAGAAAAAGCCUAUGUUAGCCGGCUUGAUCUCCUAGAUGGGGUAUUCUAUUCCAGACUCCUUGAAGAAGCCAACAGAGGUUCAUUUCCACCUGAAGUGAUAAAUAAAAUCUUUUCUAACAUUUCAUCAAUAAAUGCCUUCCACAGUAAAUUCUUACUUCCGGAACUUGAAAAACGAAUGCAAGAAUGGACUACCACCCCUAGGAUUGGAGACAUUCUGCAAAAGUUGGCUCCUUUCCUCAAGAUGUACGGCGAGUACGUGAAGAAUUUUGAUAAUGCAAUGGAACUGGUAAAAACAUGGACUGAACGGUCACCUCAGUUCAAAUUCAUUAUUCAAGACAUACAGAAGGAAAAAGUGUGUGGAAAUUUGACAUUGCAACAUCACAUGCUAGAACCAGUCCAACGCAUUCCACGCUACGAGAUGCUUCUAAAGGACUACCUAAGGAAAUUGCCUCAGGAUUCCCUAGACUGGAAAGAUGCUGAAAAAUCCUUGGAAAUUAUAUCCACUGCAGCAAGUCACUCGAAUGGUGCAAUAAGAAAAAUGGAAAAUCUAAAGAAGUUGUUAGAGAUAUACGAGAUGCUGGGAGAAGAGGAAGACAUUGUGAACCCUUCAAAUGAGCUGAUAAAAGAAGGACAGAUCCUUAAACUGGCUGCUCGCAACACAUCUGCUCAAGAGCGGUAUCUUUUCCUGUUUAACAAUAUGUUGCUCUACUGCGUCCCCAAAUUCAGCCUGGUAGGAUCCAAGUUCUCAGUUCGAACCAGAGUUGGCAUAGAUGGCAUGAAGAUUAUAGAAACUCACAAUGAAGAAUAUCCACACACAUUCCAAGUGUCUGGAAAAGAGCGAACACUGGAGUUGCAGGCCAGUUCUGAACAGGAUAAAGAAGAAUGGAUAAAGGCACUUCAGAGUACUAUUGAAGCUUUUCAGCAGAGGAAUGAAACUUUCAGAAAUGCUAUCGCUAAAGAAUAUGAAGACAUGCCCGUUGAAGUCUCUAAUGCUGAGCUUGGGAAGAGGGCACCAAGGUGGAUCCGGGACAAUGAAGUCACCAUGUGCAUGAAAUGCAAGGAACCCUUCAAUGCACUGACAAGGAGGAGGCACCACUGCCGAGCAUGUGGACAUGUGGUCUGCUGGAAAUGUUCAGAUUACAAAGCACAUCUUGAAUAUGAUGGCAAUAAAUUGAACAAAGUCUGUAAGGACUGCUAUCAUGUAAUAAUUGGUUGUACAGACAGUGAAGAAAAGAAGAGGAAGGGCAUUUUGGAGAUUGAAUCUGCAGAAGUCUCUGGAAAUAGUGUCAUAUGUAGCUUUCUUCAGUACAUGGAGAAGUCCAAGCCGUGGCAGAAAGCAUGGUGUGUCAUACCCAAACAGGAGGCUCUUGUGCUCUACAUGUACGGUGCUCCACAGGAUGUUAAAGCUCUGGCUACAAUUCCUCUUCUGGGCUACACAGUGGAUGACACUCCAAAAAGUUCUGACCUCCCCCACAGCUUCAAACUGACCCAGUCCAAGUCUGUGCACAGCUUUGCUGCAGACAAUGAGGAACUGAAACAGAAGUGGCUAAAAGUUAUCCAUUUAGCUGUCAAAGGUGAGACACCAGAAUGUCAAAAUGAACUGCAAGUGAAUUUAGAAGAGCAGCCUGAAUCUUCUAAAAGAUCUGAAUGCUGAAGCUCAAGAACACAUGACAUUUUGAAAAGAUAUCAGUUGAAAUUGUGGUUAACCUUGUUGUUAACCUUUCCUUGUUCAAUCAAGAAAAAAAAUAAAAGAAAAAAAAAACUUCUUACUACCAUAAGCAUCUUGGCACUUUAUGUUUGGGAAAGAAUUCUGGUCUUUUUAGGGAUCUUUUUCUUGUAUUUAUGUUCUGUCAAUAAAAGUAAUGUACAGGUCCAUUUCAGAGACUUUUUUAAAAAAAUGUGAAUGCUAUUAAAAAUAUUAACUUUACUGUACUACUUGUUUGUGGUAAGGCAAUUUUUUAAAAAUCCAGUUGCUCUUCAGUUAACAAUUGCUACUUUCAUUAAGGAUGCAAAUAUUUGAAGCUUCCUACUUACAUAUUAGGACUUGCAACAGGAUAAAAGAUAUACCUCCACAUUGUCAAAAUACAUCUGUACUUAAAUAUGCAGGGACAGUUAGGUUUGAUGUAUGUACUCCAUAGAUUGAUUUCCACAGUUCUGUACAUAUGUUGUAUUCACUUGUAUCUUUUUAAUUAAAGUAAUGCAAAUUGCUUUCACAGGUAUAUUGGCUUUUGCAGUUUCAAUUUA